AACACGAUCGUCCGUCGUAUAUUUUGAUUAGUACAUUUCACGUUUGUUGAUCGUUUAACGUUAGGGUUAUCGGAAAGAAACAUAUUUCGAUGGAUUCCAAAAAGAAGGAACUUUUAACUUCUACGGGCCAAUCUCUCGAAAAAAUUUCGCAUCUCUUGGGAAUCAAUUUGGUCAGUUACAUGGGCAGAUUGUACAGUCUCGCACUUGUAGUGUUGUUCUUCUUCUUCAGUCAGAUGUCAUGGCGCAACAUUUGCGUCGGUUAUUGCGAGCAACAUCUUGUCAGAAAGUUCAUGAUAACGUUGCAGUACGCUAUGAACAUUCUGUUGGUACUGACGAUAGUGGGCACAUCCGUAUUUCGUCCGAAACAAUUUGCUUUUCCCCGUCGAGAGAUGAUUAUCGUGGACUCUAUACUUGAAUCUUAUGGUGCGCGAUUCUCGGACAAGGAUAUUUUCCUUGCGAAGCAUUUGCAAGACGCGGGGACAGCGACCGCGAUACUAUUUGUCGUGAUGAAAUAUACCUACGAUAUAAUCAUAAAUAAUUCGUUUCAGUCGAUAUGCUAUUCCGUUCGUUCUUGGUACCCUAUAGUCUGCUUGCUAAUUAUGGAUGGAUUGUUCACCCAUUGCAUAAACGACAUGUAUCUGAGAUUCCGCGAGUUGAACAAGAUCGCGAUACAGCAUUCGAAAGAGAAAGCUCUGUCGGUCUCCUGUGUUGACUUGGCGACGAAUUCCAACACGUUUGUUGAAUGCAAUACUGCUCUAAUUACGAAAAUACGUGCUAUUCGUUAUAUUCAUCACGAAUUAUAUGUUUUAGCGACAAAGAUAAAUACGAAUUUUGGCUUCCAUCUUUUAAUAGCUUCAGCCAUAUGUUUGAAUGGUAUAAUCCUUCUUCUGCAUGAUUUAUAUUACUAUAUGAAAGCGAACAGUGGUAAUACUGAGAUAUUGAUUUUUCAUGUGACUUUUGUAUCUUGCUUUGCUCUUCGAUCUUUGUACAUCAGCUACCUUUGUCAACGGUCGAGAAAUGAAUUCAGGCGAAUGGCGAUAAUUUUGCAUGAUGUUUUUCUGGAAUAUAAAUCAUUGCGAGCUGAAAUGAUACAUUUUUCACUUCAGCUGGUACAUGAGGAUUUAACAUUCACUGCCUUUGGACUAUAUGAAAUUAAUAUUCCUCUUAUGUGUUCUAUUGCUGGAGCUGUAAUAACAUAUCUUGUUAUGGUCAUUCAGUUGGAUAUUACAGCAAAAUUUGGCAUUACAAACAAUAAUACAACUGUUACAUGGAGUUACACUGAGGAUAAUUCAACUUUAACAUCAUUUUAAUGACCCUACUUUUAUAGUACAGAGUUUACAUUUUUCAACUUGAAUUGUGUUAAUAUGUUGUGUGUGUUGAUAUAUAAUAAAAUUUUGAAAUUAUUUUUUGU